CAAGAGUCCAAUUGUCACAACUUACAAAUAUUACUUUGAACUAGACCUGGGGAAGGAUUAUUUUUCACUUUGAUAGCGUGCAUUUUUGGUUUGUUACUCUGUAUCAGUGUUUUCAAUUCUAGGGUCAGGUUUGAUUUUGGUUUCUUACAUUUUUGGUACUGUACUCUACUCGAGUACUCGUACUAGAUCUGUGGAAGUAUUCUUUCUUCUUGAAAUCUUGAUAAGUUGGUGAUUUUCGGAUUUUCCUCUUUUGGGGUGGCAAAAAAAAUACUUAAGGGCGGCUUGAAUUGAAGGUGACGCCAUUGUUGUUCAACCUCAGCAAAGAUGAUUCAUCUUAUCGCUUUCCUUUCAUCCGACAACGUGUAUGAAUGGCAAUGCUGGUAAAAAACCGGUGGCAGUUUCCGAGCCUGUUGUGCCAUUGCUGGAUGCCGUGGUGAAGGUGUUUUGUGUUCGUUCAAUACCGAAUUAUUCCCUUCCGUGGCAGAGGAGGAGGCAGUGUAGCACCUCCAGUAGUGGAUUUGUCAUUGCAGGGAGAAGGGUUUUGACAAAUGCACAUUCUGUGGCACACUACACUCAAGUUAAGCUCAAGAAACGCGGUUCUGAUAACAAGUACUUGGCCACUGUGCUUGCUGUUGGGACUGAGUGUGAUAUCGCUUUGCUUACAGUCGAAGAUGAUGAAUUCUGGGAAGGUGUUUCACCAGUGGAGUUUGGCGAAUUGCCAGCUCUUCAAGAUGCUGUCGCUAUCGUGGGUUACCCAAUAGGAGGAGAUACUAUAUCUGUGACCAGUGGAGUUGUUUCGCGCAGGGAGAUCCUCUCUUACACUCAUGGGGAGUCUGAGCUACUGGGCUUGCAGGUAGAUGCUGCCAUAAACGCUGGAAAUUCUGGUGGUCCAGCCUUCAGUGACAAAGGGAAUUGUGUAGGCAUUGCAUUUCAGUCAAUGAAACAAGGAGAUGCUGAAAAUAUUGGUUAUGUUAUUCCUACACCUGUCAUUGAUCACUUUAUUCAGGAUUAUGAGAGGAACAGAGCAUAUACAGGGUUUCCAAUUCUUGGGUUUCAUUGGCAACCAAUGGAGAAUCCCGACUUACGCAUAGCAAUGGGAAUGAGAUCUGAUCAAAGGGGUAUACUUGUUAACCGAGUUGAAGCUACUGCUCCUAAUUCCGAGAUUUUUAAGCCAUUAGAUGUUAUCCUUAGUUUUGAUGGGGCUGAUAUUGGAAAUGAUGGAACAGUUCCUUUCAGGCAUGGAGAGCGUAUAGGUUUUAGUUACCUUGUAUCACAGAAGUAUCCUGGCGAAAAUGCCAAUAUUAAGGUACUACGUGAUUCGGUGAUGCAUGAAUUCAACAUCAGACUUGGUAUUCCCAAGAAGCUCAUUCCAGUGUGUAUUAAGGAUGGACCUCCAUCAUAUUACAUACUCGCUGGGUUUGUUUUCACUGUCGUCUCGGUCCCAUAUCUCCGUUCAGAGAAUGAUGUUACUGUCGAUAUUUUGCACAAACUUCAAUUUUCGAUGGCACAAUCAGAAGAUGAAGAUCUUGUUGUUAUAUCUCAGGUUCUUGUGGCUGACAUUAACAUCGGAUAUGAAGGUCUUGCUAAUGUCCAGGUUCUUGCGGUCAAUGGUAACCCUGUGAAGAACUUAAAAAGCUUGGUAAAUAUGGUGGAGUCCUGCAAUGAUGAAUAUCUGAAGUUUGAUCUAAUUUUCAACGUGAUAGUUAUUCUUCGGACUGAGGCUGCUAAAGCUGCUACUGCAGAUAUUCUGGCGACACACGGCAUUCCUUCUGCAAUGUCUGAUGAUCUUAAAACAUGCGUUGAAGUCUGAAGCUCGCGUACCAUACAUAGUUGUUUUGCAGUUGUAUACUUUGUUACCUGUCUGCAAGGAUUCGGUUUACAUGCCUACAUCACGGGUCAUCACAAAUUCACAAUUGUGUGCUUUAUUUUUUGAUCAGUAAUGUAUGCUUCAUUGUAACUAUUGUUUUAUGUGCAGCCAAUUUAAAUACAAUGUAGUAGUCAAGUUUGUACUUUAUUAUAUGUAUUGUAUGAAAGCUGAUUGAUUCACCUUUUUUGAGAGUGAAAAUGCUUAGAUUUGUCAUCCUUUAUUUCGUUUUUCUUUAUCUGCACCAUUUUUUUUUGCUAACUCAUAUUUUCAGAGAAACAAUUAUCUUUCGUUCAUUCGAUUUCCCUAAUUGGCGAAUGUAGAAGUACUCAAUCGUAUGCGAUUAUAGAGUACAGUAUAAAGCUAUGGUGAAUUGGUGAUUGAUUGAUGAUGAUAGUGUAGUAUUUCAUAUGGUAUGAAGGAAAACAUAGUACAUCUACUUUACUCAUACAAACCAACUAAAGGGUUAAAAACUCGAAAUCUCACAAAGUUGCUACGAAAUUUCAUUGAGGCUUCUUGGUGCACAAGGACAAGGCAGCCUAAUCUAUGUGCAUUCUUUCCAAUACCGACCAAUUGUUUCUACACUAUCAAUUGAUGUGAAACGUUGACAUAGUAAGGACUGUACUAG